AUGGAUCUUCUAGAAAGAACAAUCUACCACGUCCCCGACCCCCCACGGCAGACGCGCGAGCGACCCAUGAGAGUCCUCGCUCUGGGGUUCUCCCGCUCAGGAACCGAGUCUCUCUCUCGCGCUCUGCAGACUCUAGGCCACGAGCACGUCUUCCAUGGCUGGCACGUCUGGCAGUCCCGGCCCAUGCUGUGGCGCGCAUGGGCAAAGCUCAUCCGGCGCAAGUACGGGUCCGACGGGACGGUCCCCGGAGACUCUGGCUUAACUCGCGACGACUUCGACGAGUACAUCGGGCAGUUCGAGGCCGUGACGGAUCUCCCCUGGCCGACGUUCGCGCGCGAGAUGAUCGCUGCGUAUCCCGAGGCGCAAGUGAUUCUGAAUCGGCGGGGUGAUGUGGACGCUUGGUAUAGGAGUUACUGUACCGUUCUGAAGCCUUUGACCUCGGGGCUGUUUUAUCAUGUUUUCCCCUGGUUCCAGGCGGAUCUGUACUGGACUAGGGCUUUUGUGGAUGAGUUGCUCAAGCCGUAUUUCUAUGGGUCGUGGGAGAGGCAUGGGAAGUGGGUGUAUGAGGAGCAUAGUGCUAUGGUUCGUGGCCUGGUACCUGGGGAUAAUUUGCUGGAGUGGAGUGUUGAAGAGGGCUGGGAGCCUUUGUGCCAGUUCCUGGAUAAGGAGACGCCAAGGGAAGAAUUCCCAUCUGGUAAUACGCCGGAGUAUCUCAAGGCGGCAUACGAGGUUGAUCUACGCCCUCUGCUUGUACGAGCGCAACGCAAUAUUGCGAUCUCGGUGGGCUGUCUAUGCGUGAUUGGGGCUUUGCUUGUCAAGCGGCCCAACAUCAGCUGGGAUAUCAUUAAGAAAGUGGAUUUCCAAGCGUAUUUGAGAAAUUAA